CGCCGCCUAGGCCGCAUGGAGCUCUCCCGGAUUCGAACCUUCGAGAAGCGCCUCCUCCGGCCGCUCCUCCGCCUCCCCGCGCGCUCCUCCAGGGGCUUCCAGACCCUGGCCCGCUCGUCCCCGCCGCCUCCCCGCCCCCCCUCCCUCCUCCUCCUGCUCCGCACGCGCCACCUCCCCGCUCCUCCACCCCGCCGCGCCUCGCUCCCGAUCCUCCGCUCCUUCGCCUCCCUAUCCCCGCUCCCGGCCCCGGGAACCGACACCCACUGCAACACCGAAGACGGCAUCCCGCCCGCGCCCCUCCCGCCGCCGCCCGAGGAGCUCGCCUCCGACGACGACGCCUACUACCAGGAGCAGCUGCUCGAGUACACGCAGGAGGACCAGACACGACUCGUCCCCGUCAAGGCAUACUUCCCCUGCACCAGCAUCAACCUCAAGAGCCUCCAGUCGCAGAAUUCCUUCAAUGUCAUCCCGCCCACCUCGCGUGCCACCAACUACGUCGUCCUCAGAUACUAUGAUGUCAAGGGAGACCCAGAGGGUUUUAAGACUGGUGUCAUAGAUGAGAGUCAUUGCCACUACAUGGUAGUUUUCCAGUAUGGGUCCAUCGUGCUGUUCAACGUUUCUGAUCAUGAAGCAGAUGGAUACUUAAAAAUUGUCGAGAGGCAUGCUUCAGGGUUACUGCCAGAGAUGAGGAAAGAUGAUUAUGCUAUUGUUGAGAAGCCUACUUUGGAGACGUGGAUGGAGGGUGGACUUGACUUUAUUAUACUGAAAGACCUGAGUAUUGAUGGCAUUCGUACAAUUGGGAGUGUCCUUGGUCAGAGUAUUGCUCUUGAUUAUUAUAUCCGGCAAGUGGAUGGAAUGGUCGCUGAGUUCACGGAUAUAAAUCGUGGAAUGGAAAAAACUGGUACCUUCAAUAUGGAAAAGAAAAAGCUUUUCCAGUUGGUAGGAAAGGCUAACUCUAACUUGGCAGAUGUCAUUCUUAAGCUUGGACUUUUUGAGAGGUCAGACAUUGCUUGGAAGAACGCAAACUAUGCUCAGAUCUGGGAAUUUCUCCGAGACGAAUACGAGUUAACUCAAAGAUUUGGGAACCUUGAUUUUAAGUUGAAGUUUGUCGAGCACAACAUCCGGUUUCUCCAGGAGAUCCUACAGAACAGGAAGUCGGAUUUUCUGGAAUGGCUGAUCAUCAUCUUGAUCAGCGUGGAGAUUCUGAUAUCUGUCUAUAACAUUGUCCAUGAGCAGAUGUAGGCGGCAGCGAGAGCGAAACCUCCCCGGUUACACGAACCACAUGUUUUGCCCGUGAUUUUUUUCAUUUGCCCCGGUAGGAUGCCCCUUUGUAAAGAAAUGCUUUGGAUCCGUUUCUACAUGCGCCGAAAAAUCACCACAUAGUCUUAGUGCACUUUCUUGUCCUGUCCUAGUUGUAGAUUGUGAAGGUACGAUGUGCCUUUGCGCUAGUGUGUUGGUUAAGUUGAAGCCGAGACUGUGAAAUGUGGACCUCUUCCUGGUGGAAA